UCCUACUUCCUUCUUCGAUCCACAAGAUCCAUGUUCGUACCUACGUACGUACCUAGACCAUAGGUAGUUAGAAGGUACUGAGAUAGCUGGACUGUCUUGACGUUACUCCAACAGAAGAGAAAGUGGACUUAGUCCUUCUGACCGUGUUCUUACCCUGGCUUCCACAUGCAUGCCUUGAAUGGUGUGGUCUCAGUGGUCAAGCAUAACCUGCAUCAAUUCUGCUAAUAUAUUCCACAACGGAUAGUGGUUUGAAACAUUGUCCACCAUGUCCAAAAAGUCUAAAGGCAGCCAUCCGAAGUCUGCUGCCAAUGUGACGGCCGAGCCUGGCGUUCAAAACCAUAUGCAAGGCUUAGCCGCUCAUUUGCCCACGGGUUGUGGCUGGCUGGUGGGUAGCCGUAGUCAGACGGGCAUGACCAUUGUCCAUUUGGCCGUCACGCCCACGGAAGAAGUGGAACAGGCGGAAGAAACUACGGGACGAAGGAGUGCCAUGUCCUUGAACAAAUUGGAUGUGGCUUGGAUGAUGGAGCAUUACCAUCAGAUCCUCAGAUUGUUGCCCGGUGGCAUUGAAAUUAUUGGGGCUUUCUUGGUGGAUAGUGAUGAUGCACUCCAGAAUAAUGAGCGCAAAAAUCAAAUUCAACAGAUUGUGAAGGCCUUAAAUCAAGCCAAUUCGGCAUUGGAGCAGGACUAUGUCAUUCUGCUUUGUGAUAAGGCGACUAAGAAAUCUCGAUAUCAGCUGCAUGGCUCCGAACCCGCUCCAAAAGUGGCCAGUCAUGAUUUGGUAUUAGAGGAACAUGCCUUGAAAUGGCAAAAACUGGAGGGAACUUUCUUGCUCGAUCUGCCGUACGCUUUUGGAUCCGAAGAGACUGCUCAGUUAUUGGACUCAAAAAUCGAGACUGCUUUAGCUUCUCUGGAGAACUCGUUGGAUCAUUGCUUGGUGCUCUUUGAUAGUACUUUAAGGACGAACUCAGAGUUCUUGGAUCGAUCCAUUAUUCCACGAACCACGACUAAGAGCUCCAAGGGCAAGAAAGGUCAUAAGCAUCAGGCAGGACAUGAUGAUUCAGAUGAAGACGAUUAUAAUGACGAUGACGGAGAAGACGUAAAAACGCACAAAAUUCAACUCCUCAUCCCCGACGAGUUGGAGUCCAUUGCGGGCGAUGAGGAUUGCAUCGUAAGUGACAAACAUUCCAGACUCAAGAUGGUGGGCAAGAUGGGAGUCAAUUGCUACGUCCACCCGAAGAUCACAGUGGGUGAAGCCAUUGAAGCCGUACGAACUGAUAUCAAACGGUCCUUAAAAGGCCGUUGCCAAUUGCAUUGUGACUCAUUGGUGGGAGAGGAAACAAAAGGCACGGAAAGAUUGGAAGUCCCUGCCCUACAUGAGCCCCCGCGCCGUAUUAUGGUGAAAUUGCCAACGUCUGGAGUUUGGAUCUCGGAUUACUUAUACCCGGGAGAAAACUGCGAGGACUCCAUUGAAUCCGUUGAGGAGCUCUUUGGAUUCCGACCUUUCAUCGAUCACAUUGAUGACGAACUAGAGCUCGUGGCUAGUCCUCGAGAAGCAUUGAACUCAACCGAUGCUGAAGAGAAAGCUCCACCUCCGCCUGCCAGUCCAAUCAGGCCAAGUGCAACAGUGGCUGCUCGUUGUGGUCCUGUUCUGCUAUUGGCUUCCGUGGGCGUGGCCGUGCUGGCCCUGGCUUUGUCCUACUACUUCAUUAAUUACGGUUCCCCUCCGGCAGACUUGGAACAGACAAUGGAAGACGUGAAGGAGAAAAUUGAGCUCUGAAUCAAUGGGUUCUGCGAGCUCAUUAUGGUUGAAACUGUGUUUAUUGCGGUUCACGAGAUUGUUAUUUUAUCCAUGUAUUUUUUUUUUCGAAAACACAAAAUAACCAAUAAUCAGUUAGUUUUAUAAAUA